AUGCCAUCGUUCUUCUUCUAUCUCGUAAUAUUUCUUCUUAAAAUUAUUCAUGAACAUGAAGUUUAUUCAAUUCCAACAUGUGUCAUUAUUGAUACAAAUAUGAUUCAACGCACUCAAGAUGAAAUAUCACCAUCGAAUAAUCGUUCAUCCUCAUCAUCAUCGUUACUUCUAAAAAAUCUACGUAUGUUUGAUCAUCAACGUUCAUCUAGUUUAUCCGAUUAUGUUGUAGAACGAAUACCAAUAUCUCAUAUUGACCUCAAACAAUCACAAUCAUCAUCAUUAAUCGAUAUAGAUUAUGCAUCGUUAAAGAAAUCUUUAACAGAUUCAACUAUUGAUCGUACAUUCUCUCCAUGUCGUUUACAAUUACUCAAUGAACUUGAAACUCAAAUGGUUGUUCCAUUUGAAUUUCGUCGUUUACGCAUUGAACAACCUGAUCAUCAUACUAAAUUUCUAGAUGAUGAUCCACGCGAAACAGUUCCUGACUGGUCAACAGCUGUUUAUGAAAGACGAUCAGACCCAGACGGAACUCGAUUUUGUCGUAUUUGCCGUGAUGGCGAUUGGACUGAAUUGUCAGUCUGUGAAACAGUGCGAUGUGAUGCAGAAUUACUACGAGCUAAUCCACGUUUAGUUAGUCAAUGGGGUGAAAUAAAAGCAAUAGAUGGUGGUUCACUUUACCCUCCAUUGGCUGUAUUUGCAAUAUAUGCUUUUGCAUACGGACCUCACUGUAAAAGAUGUGAAUCCAAUGGACAAUGGAGUCGUUAUGCUUUACCAGAACUGUGUUCAGGAAUUCAAUUUUUUGGUCAUUCUACGCUGACAAAAAUAAAAAUUACAACACGAGCAACAGAAAAAACAACAACAGCAACAACAACAACAACAACAACAACAACAGCAUCAAUGAAAACAGCAUUUGCGAACAAUGUUAUUCCGAAAAUGAGACAAAAUACAACGACAUUAGAAACGAUUUUAAUAAAUAAACAGCAAUAA